CGUGCGGUCUGCCGUAGACCCGAUUCUGCCCCAAUUUGGGGUGGCCGCGACCUCGUCACCUGGCUCCAGGACGUGCGACCUCAGCGUGGGCGGCCCGCUCUGCCCGUGGGGGCGUCUGUGGGGAGCAGGGCGCCGCGGUGAGGACACUGCCGGGCGGGCUCCGGGGGCAGGCGGAGACCGGGCGCCCCAGGACCCGAGGGCCGUCCCGCCGCUGUGACGGUCGGUGGCCGCGCGCGGACGCGCACGUCGUUGUGCUUGCUCUCCGCGACACCGGAGACAUGCGGCGCCCGAGCCCCGGGAGGAAGCCCUGCGCUGGGCGAAGCCAAGACUACCAUGGCUGCCGGAGUCUUGCCUCAAAAGGAACACCCAUAUUCCACUUUGGUGAAUAACAGUGGGUAUGCUGCAAAUAUGAAAGGAAGUUCUGGGCGUCCAACACCAAAGUAUACGAAAGUCGGAGAGCGUUUACGGCAUGUCAUUCCUGGACACAUGGCCUGCUCCAUGGCGUGUGGUGGCAGAGCAUGCAAGUAUGAAAAUCCAGCCCGCUGGAGUGAGCAGGAGCAAGCCGUUAAGGGGGUCUACUCAUCCUGGGUCACUGAUAAAAUCCUGGCCAUGGCUCGCCCGUCCACAGAGCUCCUCGAGAGGUACUGCAUCAUCGAGCAGUUCCGGACACGUGGCAUAAAAACAAUCAUCAACCUGCAGCGCCCUGGCGAGCAUGCCAGCUGUGGGAACCCUCUGGAACAGGAGAGUGGCUUCACGUACCUUCCUGAGGCUUUCAUGGAGGCCGGCAUUUAUUUCUACAAUUUCGGGUGGAAAGAUUAUGGUGUAGCAUCCCUUACCACCAUCUUAGAUAUGGUGAAGGUGAUGACGUUUGCCUUACAAGAAGGAAAAGUAGCUGUCCAUUGUCACGCAGGGCUUGGUCGAACAGGUGUUUUAAUAGCAUGUUAUUUAGUUUUUGCAACAAGAAUGACUGCCGACCAAGCAAUUAUAUUUGUUCGGGCAAAGCGACCCAAUUCCAUACAAACUCGAGGACAGCUACUAUGUGUAAGGGAAUUUACUCAGUUUCUGAUUCCUCUUCGCAAUGUAUUCUCUUGCUGUGACCCCAAAGCACAUGCUGUCACCUUAGCACAGUAUCUAAUUCGCCAGCGGCACCUGCUUCAUGGUUAUGAGGCACGACUCCUGAAACACGUGCCAAAAAUUAUCCACAUUGUUUGCAAAUUGCUGCUGGACUUAGCUGAGAACAGGCCAGUGGUGACCAAAGAAGUGGCAGAGGUCCCCAGCCUCUCUGCCGAAAUUGAAAAGACCGUUUCUGCGAUGGUUACAAUGCAGCUGGAUAAAGAGUUACUGAGGCACAACAGUGAUGCCUCAGACUCUCUCACCCCCACUGCAGUGACAGCCAAUUUUGAGAAUCAGGAGGUGAUUCUUUCCAGUGAACAAGAGUUUGACCCUCUUUGGAAGAGGCGGAAAGUCGAGUGCCUUCAGCCCCUGACUCGUCUGAAAAGGCAGCUCAGCUACAGUGACUCGGAUUUAAAGAGGGCUGAGUCACUUCUGGAGCAAGGAGGGACUCCGUGGACAGUGCCUGCCCAGGUCUUGCCUUGCCAUAACCCCAGGCAGCAGAAGCCCAUAAGCCAUUGUCACUCCCCGCAGACUCCACAACUAGAUUUAAAUAAGGAAGCACUGGUCCGCAAUACCUUUUCUUUCUGGAAUCAGACUAAAUUUGGAGGCCUGGAAGGACUCAAAGAUGACGGGUCCCCAGUUUUCCAUAGGAAGAAUAUUCCGAAGGAAGUACAGCGGAGCAGAACCUUCUCUGGGGGCAUUUCAGGUUCACACAGCCCUGGGGAGCCAAUUUCCCCCAACUUUGCAAACAUCCCUAAGGAGCUAUGCCGCUCUCCCCACCAAGUGCCCCACUGCAGAUGUGACGGUCAGGGUGCUUGCUGCCAAGAUGGUGAGACUCACUGCGGCCCUGUGGGCUGUGGCUCCAGUCCCAAAGUACGGGCCUCGACUGGACCCAAACCCCAGGACAGCAAGGAUCUGUCUGAAGUCGCUCCACACACGGCUUUGCAGUCUGAACUGAGUGUUGAAGCAAGGAGAAUACUGGUGGCCAAAGCCCUGGCAAAUUUAAAUGAGUUUGCAGAAAAGGAGGAAGUGAAAAGGAAGGUAGAAAUGUGGCAGAAAGAACUAAAUUCCCGAGACGGAGCUUGGGAAAGAAUAUGUGGCGAAAGGGAUCCUUUCAUCCUGUGCAGUUUGAUGUGGUCUUGGGUGGAGCAGCUGAAAGAGCCUGUGAUAACCAAAGAGGACGUGGACAUGCUGGCUGACAGGCGUGCAGACGCUGCAGAAGCGCUAUUUCUGUUAGAGAAGCAGGGUCAGCAGCAGACUAUACUUUGCGUGUUGUGCUGCAUAGUGAGCCUGCAGACGAUUCCUGUGGAUGUGGAGGAGGCCAUCCUUGCCCGAGCCAUCAAAGCUUUCACUAAGGUUAAUUUUGAUUCUGAAAGUGGACCUAUAGUUUACAACACCCUGAAGGAAAUAUUUAAGCACACACUGGAAGAAAAAAGAAAAAUGGCUAAAGACAACCCUAAGCCCGAUGUUUCGUGAAGCUGACUUUCCCUUGUGGUGAAAGGUUUCAGACCUGAAGAUCCAGGCGGCAUUUUUGUGCAUAGGUGAACAGGUUGACGUGUGGUGCUGCUUCGUCUCAUAGCACUUUAUUUCAGAUGCUCUUGGUUUGUGCUAAGAAUGCUUGUUCCUGUUUAGAGGAAUUAUUUAUUUUAAAAUAUCCUUGAAUUACAUUUUUGUGUUAUAAAGUUGGUGCCACUUUCUCUUAUUUAUUUAACUGAAUUAAUAUUGUUGUAUUAAUAUUUUAAGUAUGUGGUGUUUACAUCUUUAUUCUUUUUGACAUUUUGGAGAAAGUUGUAAUGCUUCUUUCCAAAACAGUUAUUUUGUUGACGGAACUCUUCCUAGAGUUUUUACCAAACAGAUAACUUUAGUAAUAAACCUUCACUGUAUAUCCAUCCCCCUGACACAUGGCCUAAGGAAGUCACCUAGUGUCUUAAAGUGUUUUAUAUUUGUUAAUAAGAAGGCUGUUGAUACAACAUUUUUAAAAGGUUUUUAAAAAUUUUUGAAAUUUUUUUGGUUUUUUCUUUUCUUUUAUAAAUAUGGCAAAAUGUUUCAAAGUGUAUUAUUUUUCAGAGUGAUUUAGUUUUACGUUAAAGCAUUGACUGGAGGUGGUUGGGAUUUUUCACUUGUAGGAAGUAGACUUGUUCUCUAUCAGGCCUCCAGACGACCUUGCCAACCCAGCUGUCACAGGAGGCAGGAGGGGUUCUCAACACAUCAAGCCUUAUUCCCACUCCCAUGGGCGGCCGCACAGCCAAAUAGCAUCCUCACAGAGAAAGCAGGGUCAGUGGCAGGCGGUGUGGGAAGCUACCCUGAACUGAAGCAGGACUCCACAGAAAGGAACUAUAAUCCAGUGAAGUUUGAUGAACUGGAUUGCCCAUUUCUGAAAUUUCUCAUUUUCAAGUGCCUGACCUGGGAAAGAAGAGGAGAAAAUAAUUAUGUUUUAUCCAAAGCAGACUGACUGAGAGAGCAGUAUUAUUCAUACUCGCCUGAUGAAGGAAUCCCAGUCUGACUGACUCUGGACCACACUCUCCUCCCUCCUGAAGCCGCCUGCCGGUGGAGCUCCUAACCAGGACUUGAACACGUGCUGCUGUGUUUGUUGGCUUUUCUUUCUUUUCCUCCAUGGACCUGCCAUAUCUAGUGUAACGCCUGGCUCAUGGAAGGGACUCAACAACUGUGAGUAUAAGAAAGGGGAGGGAAUAGAGGACAGGAGGGGGGAGCUCUGACGUUGUACUCCCAGGUUAAGAGCCCCCAUGCAGACUUCAGCUCUGGCCGAGAUGGAGGAGCACCCUUCCUGCAGGUCCUCAUUUUACAACUAAACAACCCUGGACAUGACAGCAAAACCACAAGCAUAGAAGACCAACAGCUGGAAAGAAGGUGGUGGGCAGCCAAGGGCCUGGGAGCUGAAGGGACACCACUGUGGGGUUCCCUGAGGUCCCUUAUGCUCCCGCUGCAGACAGGGCGCAGCGGAAGCUCUGACCUGGGACUGUCAACAGGCACAACAAUAAAGUUCCAAGGGACACCUGUCCCCCAGGAAACAGGACCAGGAAAAGGGCAUCCUGACACCAGAAGACCCUUCUGACAGCACCUGCUCCAGCCAGACAUCAACGGGGAACCACCGCCUCUUGCACCGUCCUGUCCUCCCAGUAGAAGCAGGUGGUGACUCUGAUUCCCACCACGUGGUGUUACUGGACAAGUGGGGGCAGAUAUCCAUCCCCACCUGGCAGAAGCAGGAUGGUUUGACUUGAUGGAAGACGGCUGGAUUCUCAUGUCUGCUUCUGCAUUCGAUCCGUUAUACUAUUACACAUCUUGUAACCUCUGGACAAUCCCACUGCACACUCUGAGAGUGAGAAAUGCAUAUAACAUCUUAGAAUUAUAAUGAAAAGUUUGAAGCUUGCAGACACCCUGGAAGAGUCGCAGCCCCCAGCUAAGAUGGAGUAACAAGGACUAUAUUUACCUCCCUCCUGAAACAACCAAACACACACACACCACUACCACCACCACCAGCACCACCACCACCGACAGUAUUUAAGAAACCAGACCUCACACACCAAAAGACAGUGACCCUUGCCACAGCUUACUGCCUCGAGAGUUUCCAGACUGGGGCAAUGGAGAGGGAACUCAGACAGCCGGGCAGUUUCCUGCUUGAGGACGUGGAGCUGAGAGCUGGGAGAGACCAGGCAGCUCCAAGCUGCUGGACAGAGCACCACAGGAGGGAGCUGCACAGCCGGGGGCCGAGAGGUCUGCAGAGGGCCCCUCAAGAGCUCAGCUGCAGACUAAUCGCUUCAUGCCUGAGAAAAUCACCAUACAAACAACUUGGAAAAGAAAAAGCUAUGAUCAUCUUCAGAGACAUAGCAAAAGCAUUUGCCGAAAUCCAACAUCCAUUCCUGAUAAAAACUCUCAGCAAACGAAUCCUAGAACAGAACUUCCUCGACCUGCAGAGGGGCAUCCACAGGAAGCCAAUAACUGACAUCACGUGUAAUGAUGAAAGGCUGUCCCGUAAGAUCAGGAGUGGAUCAGAGAGACCCAGCUUGCCACUCCUAUUCAUCACUGUCCCGAGGGUUCUGGCCAGUGCAGUCAGGCCAGAAAAAGAAAGAAAGCCAUCAAGAGCAGGAAGUAAAACCGUUUUUAUUCUCAGAUAUGUUCAUCUAGGUAGAAAAUCUGGCGGAAUCCACAGAAAAAAAGCUGCGAGAACUUAAUAAAUGAGUUUAGCAAAAUGGGAGGAUACAGUAUGAGUAGGUAAAAAUCAAUUGUAUUUCUCUACACUAGCAAUGAACAACCCGAAACUGAAAUAAACAAUGCCAUUUAGCAGAGCAUCAAAAAGAUGAAAUACUAAGGCAUAAAUCUGACAGAAAAUGUGAAAGACCUGUUUUGUGAGUUGCCUGGAGCCGCCAAAACAAAUGAUCACAAACUUGGUGGCUCACAACAGAAGCUUGUUCUCUCACAGUUCUGGAGGCCAGAAGUCUGAAAUCACGGUAUCGCAGGGCUGCACUCCCUCUAAAGGCUCCAGGGGAGAACAGUUCCUGCCUCUUCCAGCUUCUGGGGGCUCCAGUCCCAGGAUGUUUCUUGGCUUGUGGCCACAUCGCUCCAAUCUCUGCUUCCAUCUUCACGUG